AUGGCGGCUCAACUCCACGCGCAAAUCCCCACCGAUAACCGCACAGCUUUUGGGUCGGUUAACAUUCCUCCCGUUGUGUUCCCCAAAAAUGUGUCUGCCCCAUCUCCAGACCUGGACGUGAGCGGCGCCGCUACCACUGCAGUCAAUGCGCUAAACGAAGCGCUCAAGAAGGGCGACUAUGAAGCUGCCGCCAAGCUCUUUGUCGACCAAGGCUAUUGGAGAGACCACUUGGCUCUAACUUGGGAAUUCCGCACAGCGCAAGGGACCCAGGGUAUUACCAGCCUCUUACAAGAUAGCUCCAAGUCCAAGGAUGGAUUUCGCUUGAAAGAAAUUACAAUAGAUUCGAGCUCAGCACUACGAGCGCCCAAAGUGGCUUCACUGGAUGGCGAAGGCGAGGUUCCGGGAAUACAGUUUUUCAUUAAUUUUGGAACUGUGAUUGGAUCUGGAAAGGGUGUCGCUAGGCUCGUAGAUGACAGUGGCACCUGGAAAUUCUUCUCAAUAUACACAGCCCUUGACGAAAUUGACGGCCACCAAGAACAGCUCGGCGAGAGACGUCCCAAGGGAGUCAAGCAUGGACAGAAGCGAGGCCCUCAGAACUGGGCCGAAAAGAGACAACAAGAGACUUCGUAUCAGAAUGGGACUCAACCGGCGGUUUUGAUUAUCGGAGCCGGACAAGCUGGAUUGACGGCAGCAGCAAGACUGAAGAUGAUUGGCGUCGAUGCCUUGAUCAUUGAGCAAAAUAAUCGUGUGGGAGAUAACUGGCGAAAGCGAUACCACAACCUCGUGCUCCACGACACUGUUUGGUACCAGCACCUGCCAUACAUUCCUUUUCCACCGCAGUGGCCCAUCUUUACUCCCAAGGACAAGCUAGCUACGUUCUUCGAGGCCUACGCGACACUACUCGAGUUGAACGUCUGGACAAAGACGGAGCUUGGAGAUGUCAAGUGGGAUGAUGCUACAGGCAGCUGGUCUGUCACGGUGCAACGGCAGAAGGAAGAUGGCACGACAGAGACACGAACUCUCCAUCCGCAUCAUAUUAUCCAAGCGACAGGCCUCUCGGGAUUCAAAUUUGUGCCGAAGCUGAAAGGCAUGGAAAACUUCAAGGGCGACCGCAUUUGCCACUCUUCAGACUUUCCUGGAUCAACGCCGAAUAGCACGGGAAAGAAGGCCGUAAUCGUGGGUUGCUGUACUUCGGCUCACGACAUUGCCCAAGACUUUGUGGAAAAUGGCUACGACGUGACCUUGGUCCAAAGAUCGAGCACCUUUGUCGCCUCGUCCAAAUCCGUCAGCGACAUCCUCCUUCGCGACUUUUCAGAAGGCGGUCCCCCAGUAGAGGAUCUAGACUUGUUGUUCCACAGCCAGCCCACCGCGGUGCUCAAGGCUCUUCAUACAUCCUCUGCCAAGAAACAGACCGAGCAUGACCGCGAAACACUCGAGGGCCUGCGAAAAGUUGGGUUCAACGUGGACAGCGGCCCGGAUGGCGCAGGCCUCCUCUUCAAGUACUUCCAGCUGGGAGGACGCUACUACAUCGAUGUUGGCGCUUCCAAGCUGAUUGUUGAUGGUAAAAUCAAGGUCAAGCAGGGCCAGGAGAUUGCCGAGGUGCUGCCCCACGGUCUACGUUUCGAAGAUGGCAGCGAACUCGAGGCAGAUGAGAUCGUCCUGGCCACGGGCUACGGAAACAUGCGAGACAAGACGCGCCACAUGCUUGGAGAUGCUGUUGCGGACAAGAUUGGCGACGUUUGGGGCUUUGGCGAGGGAGGGGAGUUGCGGAAUAUUUUCCAGCAGACUGGCCAUCCGGGUUUCUGGAUUCACGGAAGCAGCCUGGCGCUGUGUCGGUACUACUCGAAGGCGUUGUCGCUGCAGAUUAAGGGCAUCGAAGAGGGCUUGUAUAAGUACGGCGAGAAAUAG